GUGCAUCUCAAUACAAAAUCUGCGAUAAUAGUGUUAGGCCAAGACAAUUCCUUGGCACAGACAAUGUGGAUGAGAUAGAAAUAAUACUUUCAGAUCAUGAGAGGCAUUCCCUACACGAGUUUAUCGAUGGUGAUGAGCCACUCCGUCCUAUAAUAGAUUUCAAUUUACCAAUAGAAGUGUAUAAUUCUAUCGAACUAAAGCUAACACGCAAAGAGGUAUUAGGUUAG